GCAGCUCGCCCGAAGAAGAAAAAAAAAAGGAAGGAAAAAAAAAAAGAGAAGGCGACGCGAAAAGCAGAAAGGAAAAAAAAAAAACUCCGUUCUCUCCUGGAAGAACAGGUUGGGGAAGGAGAGGAGAGGAGAGGAGAGGAGAGGAGAAUCCGCGUAGGCUGCCCCCCGCAGAUCCGAUCGAUCGGGCCUCUCCGGCGAACCCCUCGUCCUCCUCGCGGUGCAGUUGGUGUUCCUUACAAUGGCACAAGAGAGCUGGAAAAAGGAGGCAGAGGAGACUGGAGUCCACACACCUGAGGCCCCUAUAUUGUGCGUUAACAACUGUGGCUUCUUUGGCAGCCGGAUGACAGAAAACAUGUGCUCAAAGUGUUAUAGGGACACCGUUAAGGCCAAGACAGUGGCCACUGUUGUGGAGAAGAAACCUCUUGCUUCAUUGUCUUCCACACCUUUGGUGACAGAAGUCACAGAUGGAGGGUCUGGUUCAGUUGCAGAUGGGAAACAAGUAAUGGAGGAGGAUACACCAAAGCCACCCAGUAACCGUUGCUUAUCAUGCCGGAAGAAGGUUGGGUUGACAGGAUUCAAGUGCCGCUGCGGAGGCACCUUCUGUUCAAUGCACCGCUAUGCCGAUUCACACAAAUGCACAUUUGAUUACAAGCAGGUCGGGAGGGAGCAGAUUGCCAAACAGAAUCCUCUUGUGAAAGCUGACAAGAUCACCAAAAUCUGAUGGCGGUUCUAGAGGAGCGAUGCUCGUUUAUUUCCUCAUGGUGUUACUUGAUCUGUCAAGUUUACUUCAAGAUUAUACUUCAGGGGUUGGAUGUAUCUAUCAUUCUCCUGGGAUUUGCUUUGCCAAUGAACGCCUUCGACAAACACCACGGAUUGAUGUCUCUCUAGCACUGGAGCACUGCUCAAUGCGCUUGGGCACGCCUUCAAGGCUAUAUUUCUUGGUGUUUGCGUGGGAACUUUGAUUGGCACAGGUGCACUUCUCCUUAUUUGCAGUAUGAAUAAUGUAAAUAUUUAUAUUUUAUUCAGUAUGCAAUUCUACUGAUUAUAUUAUUAUGCCCAAGGUUCGCCAGGCUUCCAUUAUCACCUGCUACAGUUUGUUUAGAUAGAUUACUGUGUGUAUUGUAGAUAUAAUACUUUUGGUGCCAUAAUGUUGUUAUCCAGUGUCAAUACCUCUUAUUCAGAGCUUGUUUAGAAGGAUCCUGGUUGGUGAUAA